GCUUAGGGGUAGACCUGGGGGCCGGGGCCGCCCCGCCCGCCCAUCCGUCGGCUCUUCUUCCUCGGUCGACUCGGGGGAGCGGCGGCGACCUCGGCCUCCAGCGUCUCCAGCGCGGUGAAGAGGCUGCGGCGGCGGGAUGGUGUUUCUGGGGCUACUGCAGGCGGGCGGGCUGGUGCUGGGGCAGGCGAUGGAGCAGGUCACCGGCGGCAGCGUCCUGUCCACGCUGCUGAUCGCCUGCGCCUUCACGCUCAGCCUGGUCUACCUGUUCCGCCUGGCCGCCCACCGCCUGGCCCCGCUGCCGGCCGGCGCGAAAAAUCCACCAUACAUUUUCUCUCCGAUUCCAUUCCUUGGACAUGCUAUAGCAUUUGGGAAAAGUCCAGUUGAAUUCCUAGAAAAUGCAUAUGAGAAGUAUGGACCUGUAUUUAGUUUUACCAUGGUGGGCAAGACGUUUACUUACCUUGUGGGAAGUGAUGCGGCUGCACUGUUUUUCAAUAGUAAAAAUGAGGACCUGAACGCAGAAGAUGUCUACGGUCGUCUGACAACACCUGUAUUUGGGAAGGGAGUUGCAUAUGAUGUGCCUAAUCCAGUUUUCUUGGAGCAGAAGAAAAUGUUAAAAAGUGGGCUUAACAUAGCCCACUUUAAACAACACGUUUCUAUAAUUGAGAAAGAAACCAAGGCAUACUUUCAAAGUUGGGGAGAAAGUGGAGAAAAAAAUUUGUUUGAAGCACUUUCUGAGCUCAUAAUUUUAACUGCUAGUCAUUGUUUACAUGGAAAGGAAAUCAGAAGUCAACUCAAUGAGAAGAUGGCACAACUGUAUGCAGAUUUGGAUGGAGGUUUUAGCCAUGCAGCUUGGCUGUUGCCAGGUUGGCUCCCUUUACCUAGUUUCAGACGCAGGGACAGAGCUCAUCGAGAGAUCAAGAAUAUUUUCUAUAAGGCAAUCCAGAAACGUAAACAAUCAGAAGAAAAAGUGGAUGACAUUCUCCAAACGUUACUAGAUUCUACUUAUAAGAAUGGGUGUCCUUUGACAGAUGACGAAGUAGCAGGCAUGCUUAUUGGACUGCUUUUGGCAGGGCAGCAUACAUCCUCAACGACUAGCACCUGGAUGGGCUUCUUUUUAGCCAGAGAUAAAGCACUUCAAAAAAAUUGUUAUUUAGAACAGAAAGCAGUCUGUGGAGAAGAUCUGCCUCCUUUAAGUUUUGAUCAGCUCAAGGAUCUAAAUUUACUUGAUCGCUGUAUAAAAGAAACACUAAGACUUCGACCUCCUAUAGUUACCAUGAUGAGACUGGCCAGAACGCCUCAGACUGUAGCAGGGUAUACCAUUCCCCCAGGACAUCAGGUGUGUGUUUCUCCUGCUGUCAAUCAAAGACUUAAAGACUCAUGGGUAAACCAUCUGGACUUCAAUCCUGAUCGCUACUUACAGGACAAUCCAGUGUCAGGAGAGAAGUUUGCCUAUGUGCCAUUUGGAGCUGGACGUCAUCGUUGUAUUGGGGAGAAUUUUGCCUAUGUUCAAAUCAAGACAAUUUGGUCUACUAUGCUUCGUUUAUUUGAGUUUGAUCUCAUUGAUGGAUAUUUUCCCACUGUGAAUUUUACAACCAUGAUUCACACCCCUGCAAACCCUGUUAUCCGCUACAAACGAAGAUCAAAAUGAAUACAACUGCAAGGAACUAAAAAGUCAAACAUCACUGUAAACUACAAAAGCAUUGAAGAGAAUGAAGUUUACAAAACAA